AUGAAGUUCGCCACGACCCUUGGACUCUUCGCCUCGCUGGUUGCCGCCCAGCAGGUCGGCAAGGAGCAGACCGAGACUCACCCCAAGAUGUCUUGGAAGAAGUGUACCGCUCCCGGCAGCUGCACGACCGUCAACGCCGAGGUCGUCAUUGACGCCAACUGGCGCUGGCUCCACACGACCGACGGUUAUGACAACUGCUACGAUGGAAAUGAGUGGGUUGAGUCCGUCUGCAAGACUGGCACCGAGUGUGCCGAGAAGUGUGCCAUCGAGGGCGCCGACUAUGGCACGACCUAUGGUGCCUCCACCAGCGGUGACGCCCUCACCCUCAAGUUCCUCACCAAGCACGAGUACGGCACCAACAUUGGCUCCCGAUUCUAUCUCAUGAACGGAGCGGACAAGUUCCAGAUGUUCGACCUCAUGGACCACGAGUUCACUUUCGAUGUUGACCUGUCCACCCUCGAGUGCGGUCUCAACGGUGCCCUCUACUUCGUCGCUAUGGAGGAGGAUGGUGGCAUGGCGAGCUACUCCACCAACAAGGCUGGUGCCAAGUAUGGUACUGGUUACUGCGACGCCCAGUGCGCCCGUGACUUGAAGUUCGUCGGUGGCAAGGGUAACGUCGAGGGAUGGAAGCCCUCUUCCAACGAUGCUAACGCUGGUGUCGGCCCUUAUGGUGCCUGCUGUGCCGAGAUUGACGUUUGGGAGUCCAACGCCCACGCCUUCGCUCUUACCCCCCACCCUUGCAAGGACAACAACUACCACGUCUGCGAGAACGACACCUGCGGUGGUACCUACUCCGAGGAACGCUUCAACGGUCUCUGCGACGCCAACGGUUGCGAUUAUAACCCCUACCGCAUGGGUAACCCCGACUUCUAUGGUAUCGGCAAGGUUGUCGACACCAGCAAGAAGUUCACUGUCGUCACUCGCUUUGAGGAGAACAAGAUGUCUCAGUUCUUCGUCCAGGACGGCAAGAAGAUUGAGAUCCCCGCCCCGACCUUCGAGGGUCUUCCCGACUCCUCGGCCAUCACCCCCGAGUUCUGCGACAAGGUCUUUGAGGUCUUUGACGACUUCAACCGAUUCAACGACGUCGGUGGAUGGCCCCUCCUCAACGACGCCCUUAGGAUUCCCAUGGUCCUCGUCAUGUCUAUCUGGGACGACCACUACGCCAACAUGCUCUGGCUCGACUCUACCUACCCGCCCGAGAGGGAGGGAACCCCCGGUGCUGCCCGUGGUCCUUGUGCCCAGGACUCUGGUGUCCCCUCGGACGUCGAGGCCAACCACCCCGAUGCUCAGGUCAUCUGGUCCAACAUCCGCUACGGUCCCAUCGGUUCCACCGUCGAAUAA